AUGUCUGAAUUUAGCGAUGAUGAUUAUAUCCCUAUGCUAGAAGAAAUUGACAUGUUAAAUCUACCAUUCAAAAAAUUAUUUGACACUGCUCUCAAAAUUGAAGAAGAUUUAGAAGAAACCGAUAUUCGCGUAGUCGCCGCAAUUGGUAAAUUCAAAUCGAUUAUUGUCAUUACUGUUAAACUUGAAAUCAUUAUUUUAGAUGUAAUUUGUUUCGUUCCUAUUUUUCAGACUUCGGUACCACAUAUUCGUAAUCCUUUAGAAAUUGAAACUUGUGUCGAAUGGGCCGAGUACGAUGGUAUACCAAAGAUACCAACAGUCCUCAAAUACAACAAGUCUUUUGAUGUUAUAGAUUGGGGAUAUCCCGCGUUAAUUGAUCUAGAUCGAAGAAAUCCAGAUCGAAAAAAAAAUCUUAAUCAAAUAUCCAAGAUGAAACCUGAUUUGAGACCCGUAGAGUUAUUUAAACUUUAUCUGGGUAAUAUUAAUGACAUGGAGAGUAAGCCUUAUCUCCCUCCUGGGCUUGGUUACAAACAAGCUAUAACCGAUUAUUUACGUAAGAUUGGUGAUGCACUUAAGGAUCGAUUAAACGGAUGGCAAAACAUCGAUUACUUUAAAAAUGUUCCUGUAGAAUUUGAUAAUAAUGCUAUAUCUACUAUGCGUGAAUGUGCUGUUGAAGCUGGGUUAACGAAACAAAAGCAUAAUUCCAAUGGUUCUAACUUGUUAUUUAUAAAUGAACAUUCAGGCGGUGGCACAGUUGAUAUAACGACAAUGAAAAUGUUAGUAGGCAACAAAUUAAGCGAAAAAAUUGAGAGUAAAGGGGAUUAUUGCGGAGGCAGUUAUGUAGACCAAGAAUUUUUAAAAUUCUUAGCAGAAAAAGUUGGUGAAUCAACAAUUGAAGUUUUAAAAAAAUUUCAUUAUGGACAAAUUCAAUAUGUGAUUCAAGUAUUUCGUCGGCGAAUUAAACAUAAAUUUACGGGAAAACCUGAUGAAUUUACCGAUUUUGAAUUGGAUUUAGAAGUUAUGAAGAAAUAUGUGAAAGGUGCCAUAAAAGACGAAUUAGAAUUAUCUAUGUGGGUUGUAACUAUCAAAUAUGAUGAUGUGAAAGGAAUGUUUGAUCCCGUUAUCGAUAAAAUUAUCAAGUUGAUUCAUGGAAGACUUGACGCUCUUGAUUCUCCAUGUUCCACUAUGCUAUUAGCGGGUGGAUUCAGUGAAUCUAAAUAUUUGGUAUCAAGGAUCAGAAAUGAGUUUAACAAAAUUGUUCCAAAUAUUUCCGUUCCUUCUAAUCCUAUGCUUGCGAUAGUCAAAGGUGCUGUCCAAUAUGGAUCUUCCCAAAAAAUCAUUGUAGAUCGUAUUUUGAAAUGGACUUAUGGAACUGAUAUUAUACGAAAAUGGAACCCAAGCGAUCCUCUGGAUCGAAAAAUUGGUGAAAGGGUUUUGAGAAUUUUUUCAACGACACAUAUCUUACAACGUUUGAUGGGUCUAGAUGUAUUUGUCACACGUGACGAUGAUGCAAAGUAUUGCGAUAGUCAAGGUGUAGAACUACUAGACAAUUUCAAUAUUAAGGUACCUAUUACUGGAACCGAAAAGC